CAUUGAACUGGUAGAGGCCGCUUUUGAUCCAUGCAUUUCACCUUCAUAACCUAUAAGCUAGUACAAGCCGUUAAUUGUGAGUUCGCAGCCUGGUAUCGUGUCCUAUCGUGUAGAGCAUGUACACCUUUGAUUUGUACUUGACUACACUAGUACUGUGAAUUCCUGCGUACCUCAGUGAUAUUCACCAGAAUAAUGAUCUUUUUCGGCCUAGUUUUCAAAGCACGAAUACUAGUUAUGUAAGUACAGAUCAUAAUUGAUUAUAAAUGGAUAAUAGAUUUUUGACGUCGAUUGCGUAAAUGAUUAGAUAAGUGAUAGAUUUUAUGAUGGAUUUUUGUUAAAUAAGCUCACACACUUGUUAUAUUUGUAAUUUUAGUAGAUCUAGAGGAGACCAUCAAUGGACAUUUGUUAUUCCUAUUUAGACAUCUUCUAUUCUGAUUAGGACCUAUUCUAAGUAGUUUAUAUUUUGACAAUAUCUGAUUGUAUUUGAGUACAUAGAGCAAGCACGAGCUUUGAAAGAACCCUCGCAGCUAUGGCUUCAUCCUCAUAAUCCGUAUUUUUGUGUCCUCUCAUCCACUGACAUUCAAAAGGUUUUCACUCUCAAGAAAAUAAUGAUAAUAUGGUUUGAAGUCAGGUAAGCAUUAAAACAAGGUCUCAUUGUUUAAAGUUACGCUCCGAAAUUUCUGUUAAUUAACUGAAUAUUGAUAUUUAUGUUGAUAAAGUAACCAAUCGUGGCUUGUUGCUGAACAUGAUGCAGAGUUGCUUUUUAUUGGUGACUUGUUUUACCUUUUAUUAUUGCCCUUUACCUGCAAAUUAAUAAACACAAAGACGACAUAUAGAUUUAAAAUCCGUGUAUUAAAAUCAUAACAUCAUCAAAUUUAUUGACUUAACAUUGGUUCCAAUAUAAUUGUUUGUAAAGCACCAACUUCCGUUGAUAUAGGUAGCUGGAGAAUGUCUAGCUAGCUACUAUAUCGCUAUGUUACCAUUUUAUUGUAAGGCCAUGACUUGGUUAUAUGGAUGGCAUGAAUUUUUGGUCCGUUUUCCCAAUAAAUUUUCGACCAGAAUGAAAGAAGAAAAUGGGAAGAAAUGAAAAUGAAGAAUCUAUUAUUCGACAUGCCAUACUCUGUGCGUUUAGUUUAAACAAAUGAGUAAACAACACAGGGAAAUCUACUGAAAUCCACAUGGAAUCUACGUGAUUUCAUAAUGAAGGGAACGUUUUUGCCAAGCUUCUUUUACUGACAUGCUCCCAUCAGCUUUGGUGUUCCCAUGGCCAGAUGAUGUCAUCCAUAUAAUCAAAUCAACAUGGCCUAAUACACUACAAAUGAAUAAUUAUCAUAUCUUCCUCACUCAUUAUCUUAUCUGUUUGCACCAAUGUAACAUCGAUAUCUGUAAGGCACAAAAUACGAGCAUAGAUUUCCAUAGGUCAUCAUUAUACAAGUCAAUGAAAUAACAUAACAUUGCAUAAACGAUAGCAAAAACGCAAAGACCAUUUUGCAUGAAACAUUUUCAAAGUGAAGUUUUCCACACCAUGACUUCGUCUUCUGUUGAUCCUAAGCUUUGGUACGCCUUUGGUACAUGUAGCUUUGAGGCUGUGGUAUAUACAUUGUGAAUCUGCUGUCUUUUAUGACAUUUAAAAUUUUGUAGAUUAAUGUCGACAAAAUAGGACAAAAGUAGAUUGUUUACUGAUACAUUUUCUAAGCUUCUGUAGGUAGCUCAAUAUUCACUAAGAAACACCAUUGGGGAGAGGUUGUAUAAACUGUCAUGCAAUAAUUCGUGUCGAACACAACAAGAAAUCUGAGAAUUUAGACUUCCAGGGAGUGUUUUUUGUGAAUGAAUUGGAACUGUAUUGUAUGAUGAUGGAAAAAAAAACUGACUGGAUUACAUCAUAGAUGUUAUAUUGUAAUGAUACGAUUGUACAUACAACUUACUCUGGUAUUACACUAAAAUUCAUGUUUCAUAAUACCAUGAUUACAAAGUGCAAAUUCUUGUCAAUCUCAUGCCACACCCUACCGGUACCCCCUAGGACAUACCGGGUCACAACCCUGUCAAUCAACCCAAUUUUCCCCCUAUCACUUCCAGCCCAUGUUGUCGAGGAUGAGACACAUACAAACUUCAUCGAAAGCAGUGUUUUAAAAAAAAAUACUAAAAAAUCUGCCCACUGUUGUUCCAGGGUAAAUGUACUACAUUGAUGCAAAUAAGAAGACCACUAAAAAGUGCAAUCUUGAAAGUUCAUCUAUGUUGGACGUCAUUAUGCAGGAAAUUCAAACUUUAAUUUCCAACACAAGGAAUUGAACUUACCCAAAGUUUCGACAUUACAAUUUGAGACUUUGUAAAAAAAUCUUAGACUCUGAACCAGACUUUUUUUGCACUAGCUAUCAAAUAGGUCAUCUACAUCCGGGCAUUACAACAUUCCAUCAACAAAGACGGGGGGCGGCACAGACUAUCUGCAACUUGAUCCACUGUUUACCGAGUCACGUGUGUCAUCUGCAUAACGUGACGUCACGGAAGCGGUGGAUUGCUCAUUCUUUGACAAAGAGUUGUCAAAAAUUGGGUAAUGUCAUUGGAGACCCAAACCCUUGCAACAGACAUCGAUGGAAUCUUCCCAACACCAUCAUUUACAACUUUAGCCAUGCUACCAGAAACUCCAAUACCGACAGCAGACAUCAUUGGAAACUCUUCGACACCGACAGUUACUGAUGAAGCACCUACGUCGGGCACCACAAGCUUAACAACAGAAAGCAAUGGGGAAUCUACAACAGUCAACGACGGUACGGACGGUUUAACAAAUGCUCAGUCCGUGGGCAUUGGUGUUGGCACGGCAUUGGGAAUCAUAGUACUUCUCAUCAUAAUUCUGACAGCAAUUUUCUGGAGAAAAAGACAGAAAAAGACGGAGAGGAGGGAGAACCAUGCUGACGAGAUGAUGGACAUACAUGUGCCACCCGAAGGAACAACAUCCAGAGAGAGUAUUGUGUCAUCGCAACUCAUCGACACUGCUUUUGCAAACGAUUUGAAUGUGGUAUCAAAUGCUGGUGGGGUCGUAAAUGAGGGUUUCGGCAUGUCUUACGCUGUGCCAGAGGAGCAUGGACGAUUGUCACAAGUCCAGACAGUGGAUGACGUGUCGAAAUUCCUACAAGUUCACAACUUUGCAGAGUACAUUGAAGCUUUCCAAGACCAGGAAGUUGACGGGGAUGCGCUGCGAUGUCUUGACGCUGCUGUCAUGAGAGAACUCAUACCCAAGGCUGGGCCAAGGGCAAAGUUCAAGGACAUUUUGAGGCAACAAAGACGAGUGCAAGCAACGUCGGAACCUGGAGUCGCUCGUCUGAUCUUCCGGGAGAUUCUAAGAAAGAAUCUUAAGCUGGGGAAGCUCCUUGGAAGGGGUCAGUUUGGGGAGGUACGACUUGGAGAAGUGCGUAAGAGGGGAGUGAGCACCACUGUCGCUGUCAAAACCCUGCAUGCUUCAGCAUCAGACAAAGACAAGAAGGACCUGAUGGGAGAACUGGAGAUUCUGGUUACUGUUGGUCGUCAUGACAACGUCAUCAGUUUGGUUGGAGCAUGCACGAUUGACGGUCCGUUGUGUGUUGUGGUGGAAUACGCUCCAAACGGCAGCCUGAAGGACUGGCUGAAGGCUAACUCUCCUGAGCGGAUCAGGCAGGAGUCGGCCGCGGGGUACUAUAACAUCGAAGACCCUCAGUUACCGAGUCCUCCUAUGGAACAACUCAUUCAGUUUGGCAUCGACGUGGCGGCCGGGAUGAGCCAUUUGGCAGCCAUGCAGUGUGUACAUCGUGAUUUGGCAGCAAGAAAUAUUCUUCUGGGAGAAGGCUUGGUAGCCAAGGUGUCUGACUUUGGACUGUCACGGGACAUUUAUGAAGAUGCUGAAUAUGUGAAAACCACUUUGAGCAAGCUCCCCUUGCGAUGGAUGGCGUAUGAGUCUUUGUUCUACAACGUGUAUACAAUCCAGAGUGAUGUAUGGUCUUACGGAGUUCUUCUAUGGGAGAUUUUGACAAUGGGUAAACUACCAUAUCAAGGUAUCAAAGGCAAAAAGAUGAUGAACAUGAUCAAAGCUGGCUACAGAUUGGAGAAACCUGUACUCUGUCCUGACGAUAUCUACGAUGUGAUGACAAGUUGUUGGGAGAGUCUUCCGGAGGACAGGCCGACUUUCCCUCAGCUGAGAAACAGUCUGGACAGAAUUGUGCAGCAGUACAAGCAAUAUGCUUCGCUCCUGAAGUGAGAACCACAGGGACAAUUCUACAAGAAGAUCAUUUGAAGAGCUCAUAUAUACUCAAUGGAAAUGUAUGGGUGUACUAAAUGUGAAAUAAUGACACACAUGACAUCACAUGCAUGUAUGACGGAUAUCAUUCAUACAAACAAAUGUACAUGAUAAUACUGGCUAAAAUAUAGCAUUGCAAAUGAAUUGAAAAAUGAAAAAAAGUCUGUAUCGUAUAACUAUGAAUGCUCUCUCGUUAAAAGCUUUUUUGCAGGAUCCUAGUACCAUGAAUGUUUUAACAGGAUCCGUUCAGAUGUUUAAGAAUGUAAAGAAGAAUAUUUCGAUGAAAGACCGGGCAGCAAUACCCCCUACCGGAAAAAGCUA